AUUUUCAUAUUGAAAGUGCUCCACCAUCCCAGGUACUCGACAGGAACGGUUAUUGGUGGCAAAACAUUCCAGUGUAGGUUAGGUAUACAUUAUUGAAUAUCUGCAGCCUAGAUUCGAUGACUGAUUACUCUGGCAAUUCCUGCUUCCUGUGGGCAUCUUUUAUACUCUAUACUCUUUGAUGGGUGGUGGGCAACCUGUGGGCAACACUAUAAGUCGAUUUACCUGCUACUAAAAUGGCAGAAGGAGGAAUAUAAACGUCGGAAAUAUUAGGAAAUAUCUGAAAUAUUAAAAUACUAGGAUGUUAAUUUUUCUUCUUAUUAUUUUCUUUGUCGAUAGUAAAUUUUAUAAUCAACAUAAGUGCCAAAAUUUCAUAUAAUUGCAUUUUAUUCGAUUCGUUUUAAAGAGCUUAAAAUGGCGAGACUUAAUAAUUCUUUCUUAUGGGGUAUAUUAUUUGCUUCAAUAACUUGGACCAUCUCUUUGUAUUUAUACUGGUUGUUGAAUUUAAGUGGCGAUUCUAUUAAGAUUGAUCAGGAAAAUAAAAUGCAUUAUCACUUAGUUAAUUCAGCAGAAAAGGACCGAAUUAAAAACAAUGAUAAGUCAAUUGCAGAGUUAGAAGGGAAAAAUAUGCUAUAUGAUAGCCCUAUAGCCAAUAAUAAAUACAUGGGUAAGAUGUGGAAAUAUCAAAAGAACAACUCAGAUUACAAAAAAAAACGUAUGCAAAAAGAAAGAUUUUCUAAACAACUGGGAAUCAAGAUGGCUGCUAAACCUGACAAAAGCUUAGAAAAUCAGUUUGGACUCAUUAGAAAUGCUGAAGAUUUGCGAAUUAGGGAACAGGGUUACAAUUUGCAUGCUUUUAAUGCACUCAUCUCUCAGAGGAUUGGUAAUCACAGGACUAUUCCUGACACCAGGGACAAAAUGUGCCGGAAUAAACACUACAGGAGGAAAUUGCCUAAGACUUCAAUAAUUAUCUGCUUUUAUAAUGAACAUUUUGAAACCCUAAUGAGAUCUAUUCAUUCAAUAUUGGACCGCACAGAUGCAAAGGAUUUGAAGGAGAUAAUUUUAGUAGAUGACUACAGUGAUUUGGAUGGAUUACAUGAAAGUGUUAUGAAUGCUGUAAAUGAUCUUAACAGUAUGAUGAGAAAGGAAGAGGAAAUGUUGGAUACGAAUAAAAUUCAAGUUGAGAAGUGGUUAGUGGACUACAUAAAUGAUGACAAUAGUAACAACAUUGAUAAAAAGCCUGCACAGAAAAUUUCAAGGGCUAGAACUGGUAUUAACAUACGGCUAUUGAGGACAAGUAAGAGAGAAGGUUUAAUCCGGGCGAGGUUGUAUGGAGCUGAUAAUGCUGUAGGCGAGGUAUUGGUGUUCCUCGAUUCUCACAUAGAGGUCAAUGUGAAUUGGCUGCCGCCGAUGUUGUCACGUCUGGCGGAAGGUGUAGAUGGUGUCAAUGUGCGGUUUUCACAUCGGGCCGUAGCUCCCAUAAUAGAUGUCAUCAAUGCUGACACAUUCGAAUAUACUUCUAGUCCUUUAGUGAGAGGUGGUUUUAACUGGGGACUGCAUUUUAAAUGGGAUAAUUUACCCAGAGGAACUUUGAAAAACCUUGAAGAUUUUGUGAAGCCAAUCAAAUCUCCCACCAUGGCAGGUGGUCUGUUUGCAAUUUAUCGUGAAUACUUUAUCUAUAUUGGCACAUACGACGCUGGUAUGAAUGUGUGGGGUGGCGAGAAUUUGGAGAUAUCUUUUAGGAUUUGGAUGUGCGGUGGUACUUUGGAGCUGAUACCUUGUAGUCGAGUUGGCCACGUGUUCCGUAAACGAAGACCUUAUGGUAUGAGUGAGAAAGAAGAUUUUAUGGUGCGUAACUCAAUGCGCAUGGCCCGUGUAUGGAUGGAUGAGUUUGUGAAAAAAGUGAUUGAGAUUAACCCAUCGGCAGCUAAUGUUGAUAUUGGGGAUAUAUCGGAGAGGCAAGCUUUGAGGAAACGUCUGAAGUGUAAGACAUUCAGAUGGUAUCUGGAGAAUAUCUACCCUGAAUUAGACACGGGUGAAGAAUCUAUUCUUAGGAAACGUAUGGCUUCUCUAAAUGAUCCUGAGAAGAAUCGAUUCCAGCCGUGGCAUUCUAGGAAGCGAAACUACACGGAUUCCUUCCAAAUUCGUCUUAAAGGAUCGACCUUAUGUGUCCAAAGUGCUAAAGACAUCAAGACUAAGGGCAGCCGAUUGGUGCUUGCUAAGUGCAUGAGGGGUAUACACCAGAUAUGGUAUGAAACAGUUCGUCAUGAGUUGGUACUUAGUGGCACUCUCUGCUUGGACGCUGUUAAUACUAUGGCCCCGAUACUGGGUAAAUGUCACGAGCUCGGUGGUACUCAGGAAUGGCAGCAUAAGGAUGAUACUGGAAGUCCUAUUUAUAACAUAGCAGUUGGUAUGUGCUUGGGAGUUGAGCGGGCUGCCCUUUGGGAACCAUUGACCAUGGUCAUAUGCGACAAUCAAGACACAAACCAAUGGGAUUUUAUUCGCUCUUAAGUCAUAAUACUCUUAACAGGUACCUUAGAUAAUAAGUAUUGAUAUAAUCAUUAUUAUUAUUAAGAUUUAAGCCAAAUUCUUAUCGAUUCGUGUAUCGAAAAUAUCGUUAUAGACAUAUAAUAGUGAAUCUAAUAAAUGUUAGGUAAAUUUUACAGGUCAUAUGAAAUAAUUAUAUGCAUUUUCGACAAAACUUUGAUGAGUAGACAUGUUACUAUGACCGCCCGUCAAAUCCGUCAGUAUGAAACUGAUUUUUUUAAUAAUGACAAAAUAUUUUUUUUAUUUUCAAAACCGACUUUGUUCUACGAUCUUUACGAUAUAAAUAAAAUUGUCAAAAAUGUUUGAAUAUAUUUUUUAUUUUAUAUUUCGAAUAAUAAG